AUGGCCACCCGCCCCGCAGGCAAGGCAGGCUCCUGGUACCUGAAGGAUCCGCAGCGUCUCCAUGCCCGGCUCGACGAGUACCUGGCCGCGGUGCCGAAGCCGCAAGACUCGUCGUCGCUGCCGCUGCCCGUCCCCGGGGCCCGCCUGGUGAUUGCGCCCCAUGCCGGCUACGACUACUCUGGGAAAUGCGCCGCCUGGGCCUACAGCUGCCUCGACCUCCGCAACGUCAGGCGCGUCUUCGUCCUCGGGCCCUCGCACACCUACUACCUCGAGGGCUGCGCCGUCACCGCCUUUGCCAAGUACGCCACCCCCUUUGGCGACCUGACCGUGGACCGCGAAACCGUCCAGCAGGUCAAGCAAGCCGGCGCCAUGGCCGACAUGCCGCAGCGCAACGACGAAAGGGAACACUCGCUCGAGAUGCACCUGCCCUACCUCUACAAGUGCUGUGAAAGGACCUUUGCCUCGCCGCACGACUUCCCCGCCAUUGUGCCCAUGCUCGUCGGCGACAACGACCUCGACGAGGAGAAGAGCGUGGGCCGCGUCCUCGUGCCCUAUCUCAAGGACCCGCACAACGCCUUCAUCAUCAGCUCCGACUUUUGCCACUGGGGCUCGCCCUACCAGUACACGGCCUACUCCGCCGACGAGACCCUCUCUGCGCUCGUCAAUCUGGACAAGCACGACGACGCCCCGCGCGGCGCCCCCAUCCACGACUCGAUCCGCUGGCUCGACGAGGCCGCCAUGGACGCCGUGGCGAGCGGCAGGCACGACGCCUUUGUGGCCAACAUCCAGAAGACGCGCAACACGGUGUGCGGCAGGCACCCCAUCGGCGUCGCCAUGGCCGGCCUGGAGCUCCUGGCCAAGGAGGCUGGCAACGGCGGCGACGAGACCAAGUACAGGUUCAAGAUUGUCCAGUACGACCGCAGCAACUUGGUCAAGCAGCCGGACGACUACAGCGUUAGCUACGUCUCAGCAUAUGCCGUCCUGUAA